UAUCCGGGUCGGGUAACCUUUCCUAUCCAAAACAACCAGCUAUUUUGACAAACCGAAUUUCACACUCUCCCUUCUUCCUUCACCAGAGCAUCAAUGGCAGCCACUCUUCCGACCAGUUCUUCCUCGUAUCUAAACUCGAGAACUAGACUCCCUCAGCCUUCUUUAAGCUGUGCCAGCAAAGUUUUUGUCGGAUUAAGAGUCCAAUCUCCAACAGAUUCUUUUGGUACUACAACGCCUAAUGUUAAUGUUGAAUUUCACAAUAGAGUUUACAGAAGUAUUGAGUCCGGAACUAGAAACAGUAAACCAACACGUGCACGAGUUUCCAUGAUGCCCAUUGGGACACCAAGGGUACCCUACAGAAAUCCAACCGAGGGAACGUGGCAGUGGGUUGAUUUGUGGAAUGCUCUUUACCGUGAACGUGUUAUUUUCAUCGGACAACACAUAGAUGAAGAAUUUAGCAACCAGAUAUUGGCAACAAUGCUGUACCUUGACAGUAUUGAUGAUUCGAAGAAGCUCUACCUGUAUAUCAAUGGCCCUGGCGGUGAUCUAACUCCGAGCAUGGCCAUCUACGACACAAUGCAAAGUCUGAAAAGUGCUGUUGGCACCCACUGUGUGGGCUAUGCCUACAAUCUUGCCGGUUUUCUUCUUGCUGCUGGAGAAAAGGGCAAUCGAUUUGCAAUGCCUCUUUCAAGGAUUGCACUACAAUCUCCUGCUGGAGCUGCACGCGGACAGGCUGAUGAUAUCCGUAAUGAAGCAGAUGAACUUCUCAGAAUUAGAGAUUACCUUUUCAAGGAGUUGGCUGAGAAGACAGGCCAGCCUGUUGAAAAGGUUCACAAGGAUUUAAGUCGGAUGAAGCGAUUCAAUGCUCAAGAAGCUCUUGAAUAUGGUCUUAUAGACCGUAUAGUUAGGCCUCCCCGUAUUAAGGCGGAUGCUCCACGAAAGGAUACCACUGCAGGUCUUGGUUAGUUCAUAUGCCUUGUAAACGGAAUGGCUGAUAGUGGUUGUAAAACUUGCAGUCUUAUUUUGCGAUUUUUUAGUUCAAUCUACAUAUGUACUCUUUUGAUUUACUUAUUUAGAAGAAAAAAAAUUCUACAUGGAAAUUGACAAGACUAGUUCCCUUGUUUAAUAUUAUGAAUACAAGAAAUCCAUUUUUAGAAGCUA